CGACGCGAGCAGCUCGGCUCAGCUGUGCCAGCAUUUCCGAUCAAUGUGCUCAGUCGGACGGCGAGGCGCCAUUUAUUAUCGCGCGGGGAUUUUUUUCGGCGAACGCACCCCGCUUUCCCUUCUCUCCCCGCUUAGGAGCUCCGGCCGACCUCGCCCGCCCGCCCGCGCUUUAGCGUUUUGCCGCGUCGUCAGUUUCUAACCGAGGCUCACUGUUUCCUCGCGGCUGCCACGCUGUACGAUCCGGAGACGCCGAAGAUGAGGCGGCGAGGCGUGUUGUGACUUCGCCCGGAUGGUCUCGCCGCUGCCAGCGCGACAUGCAACACCGGCGUGGAAGAAGGAAGGACCCCGAAUCUAUCUGCAAGCGUCGUGGAUGACGCCUUUUGUGUCGACGUCGGCGUGCGACGGUGUGUUAACAACGCUUGGCGUCGCAGCGAGUGUCGUCUUCGUUUCGGGACUCCACGCGGUGCCUAACCAUAUUCCUUUUUUUUUUCUUCUUCUUCUUCUUGAAGAGGACUUCGCGCGCAGCCGGGUUUUGAUCGUGCGUGUGGGCACGUCUGUCACAACCCUUUCUUCUUCUCGAAAUCCCGUUAUCUCUUUCGACCAACGCAGGGUAGCCAACGGGAAACUGCGCUCGUUAACGUUCUUGUAAGACAUUGCUUCACUGUCGUUGCCUCUACCUGGCUAUUCAGUUUUAGGGCCUCCUGUCCUUUUGUACUCUUUGACUGGUCUUGCCGCAAGCGGAGUCGUGUAUACACGGAGGCACAAAUCUCUCCGAACGUAGCUUACAAGGCGUGCUUCCGUCGUCACGUUUUCAGACAUUCAGUUUAGUAUGGUGUCUCGAGGGGCGUAAGGAAACAUCCUGAGAUGUCUCGAGCGAGGCUGGGCCUGGAGAGUGCAGCCAUUCUAUUGGAAGGCUAUCCGUUUUCGCUAUUUGUCAGUGGUCAGAGUGGCACACAGGCGAACUUUAUCCCUGAGAUAGGCCGUUCGUAAACGGUAGAUUGUGAUACAGUGAAAAUAAUACAGUGGUGCAAAAAGGAAUCGUUGCAUUACGCCGGCCUAUUGUACUGAAACCAAAGAAGAAUACGAGUCUGUAUAACCUCGAGUGUGCAGGCGAUCAAAGACGAUUUCCAGAAAGAACAGACAGAGAGAGCUGUAGACGCGGUUCUGGCGUGACCGGAUGCGAUGUGCAAUCGAGGCGGGCGCACCCGGAACCUUUUGACAGACACGCCUGGGCGUCGAUUGUAGCGUUUGCGUAUCACAACAUUUUGGUCUAGAAUUAGUGCCUUAAGGAUGACUUGGCUAAGCGGAUGCCUAACGCGCGUGAACUAUGCCGAAAAACACCGAAGCUUUGAUAGUCACGGCUCGUGUCACCAAUAAUAGCGACAUUAUAUCAACAUAAAGGCACCAUGUUCGGCAUAUUGCUCGAUAAUGUUCACUCAUAGCAGCUUCCGCAUUGACAGAACCGGAAACGUGAGUGCAACGCCAUAAACAAGCUUCGCUGAGAACUGCGUGUCACUGUGCCAAAGCAAAAGAAAGGAGAAAAUUUAGAGACGACGAAGUAAGCUAUCAGGAUAACAGCGCUGUCAUUGCGAAUAGUAAUUCAUCGCCACUGACAAGUUUUUAGUUGUUUUGGCUUCACGACCAAAAUUUCAAGGCUGAUUGAAACAAGCUGUAUAAUGCCACCACCCUGCGAGUCUGGCGGAUAGCGGUCAUUCAAAAUUUGUCGAGCACCAAGAGGCUGGUUAUGAGCCACUGCGCAGUACUUAAGACAAGCAAAAAAAAGAAAAGACCAGCAUUUGUCGCGCUGCAACCACACUACGACUUGAGUUCUUCAAAGUUACUUUGUCAUGUGAGUCACCCAUGAACGCCAUCCCCUUAUGGUUUGAUUCUGGUUAUGCGCAUUAUUGCAUCACAAGAUGUAAGUAGUAAGACAUUCCAUAAAGAAAGCGCACAGACGUUUUCCGGUUGUCUGUAGACAGUCCAAGAACAGCCCGCGGAGUUAUUAUGACCUUGCAGAUUUGUCGACUAAUCUCCAUCUAUUUUCCGUUGACGACGCAUUAGGAGGACCACAGUAAAACAAGUCAAUCGCUAACGUAUUCUGUGAAUAGACAGUCUGCGGCGUGUAUGCAUCCAAAGGUACUAGUGUAUAAGGUAACGUGUUCUACGAGAAGUCUACAAGCAGUGUAUAAACAGUACUAAAGUUAUUUUCUCGGGACCUUUGUUGGAACUUCUUCUUCGAUCCGCCUGGCAGACGACAAUUGACCGCCAUCUCGUCUGCUCGUCGAGCUUCCGCACGCAGGCUCAAGUGCAUUUAAAGCUAAUGUGGCGUACCUUUCAAUGAAUCCAGUGUGGUCGAUCCCCCUACAGGGGGUGCGAGCCAUAUUUUGACAACAGAAGAAGAAGAAGAACGUGCCGUAAAUUGUUCAUUUCCUCCAGUUAGCUUUACCAAUUUUAGUAUUUCAUAAAGAUUAACUAAUUUCAUCCAAAUCUCGGGGCCAAUCCCCCACAGUGGGUGUGCGCCAUAGCACAAGGACUACCAUACCAUACCAUACCAUACCAUACCAUACCAUACCAUACCAUACCAUACCAUACCAUACCAUACCACACCAUACCAUACCACACCACACCAUACCAUACCAUACCAUGUCAUACCAUACCAUACCAUACCAUACCAUACCAUACCAUACCAUACCAUACCAUACCAUACCAAUGGGUGUGCGCCAUCGCAUAAGCAAUACCAUACCGUACCUUUCUUGAACAAGACAGCGAGGUAGGCGGCGGACCCAGAGGUCCAACACAGGCCCGCUUCUGAGCGCCAUGCAAAGGACCCAGCAACUGCUGCUGCUACUGUGCGUGUUCGUGGGUGGAUUCAUCGUCGGCACCCAAUAUAGACUAAACGUGAGUCACGGCCGUGACUCUCCUGGGCAGCAGCAGCGGCGGCGGCGUCCCUCAACGACUGUUCAGAAGACAGUGAGAGUGUCGCCCUACAUCACCGCUGACGGCCCCGAAUGGGCGGACGCGUGGGUAAAAGCGAGCGCCAACGUGCAUCUCUACUCGGCCUACUUCGACCCCCGGUUGGGCGCCAACGCGACCGUGGUGCGCGUCUUGGGACUCAUGCGUCUCAAUCCGAGGCUGAAGGUGAACUGCUCCUGCCUCAUCGACGACCGGCCCGAGAAGCCCGCCCAGCCUGUCGUCGCCGAAGUGGAGUACCUCCAGGACCACCACAACGCCAAGUACGACGGCGUCUUCAUCAACUGCCCUUACUACGCGUCGAACGACUCCGAGACGCCACGGACUGUGCGCGUGACCGUUACCGGAGCCGAGGCUGGCACGUCUGCGAGGAUCCCGGUCCACUACAGGGAACGCUCUCCCAGCGCACAAGAACUGGCCUCACUCGCGCUCUGCGUCCGACCUUUCUACGGCGGAGUGCCUAAGGUGCACGACCUGAUGCACUUCCUGGCCUACUACUCGCACCACGGCGUCCAGAGGUUCACCUUCUACGCCGACACUUCCAGCCAAGAGGUGAACAAGUACCUGUGGACGCUCCGAGACCGCUUGAAAAUCGACUUCUUCGCCUGGUCUCUACCCGCUGCCAAGAAGUCUUGGGCCCUGGCUCAGAGCGUCUUCACGCAGGACUGCCUGUACCGGCACAUGAAUGCUUCGCGGCGGGUUCUGAUCGUCGACCUCGACGAGUUCGUGUUUCCGCUUCCCGUGCGCGGCAGGCCCCGGACCAUAGCCGAACUUGUGGCCACGCUUCCGGCGCACAAGACGUGUCUCGUGGUGCGCAAUGUGUUCUGGAUUCGGGCGACCUCCAGGAUAGAUCGGCCUUUCAUCUUCGCGAGCCUGAACCGCAGUCUCCACGUAUGGCCAAUGGGCAUCAGGAGCAAGUACUUCGCAGAUCCCCUGGGCGUUCUGGAAGGAGGGAUACACUUCUGCAGGCGCUUCGUGGUCGUCGGCGGCCGAUCCAUCGACAAGCAGGAUUGGGUGCGCCAGGCGCUCCUGUACCAUUACCGCAUCGGAUACCGCAGCGUGUCGAAAGAAAAAUUCGCUAGGGAUACGAGCAUGCUGGUUUGGAAGGAACCAGUGAUGGCUUCGCCGUUGAUAGCGAAGCCCGACUUCUGGAGAAGCGCUGCGUACAAAGUGCACGACGGCCUGUGGAACAGUUUCGACGUGGUGCUGAGACUAGUUCGGCGAAACUAUAAGGGUGUCUUAUGACCUUGUCGCGAUAUGUCUAAGGCCAUUCGAGCAAUGCCCUCGGUGCCAAGCCAGACUCACCAUGGGGGUCAUGGUUCCUAUACUGAAAGCUGUGAACGCUCAGCAGCAUCUCUAUCACCGCGGUGCCUGCAUCCCAAGCCUUCCUCGUCAUUUCUGGCAUCAAAUGGAAAAUGGAGACGUCAACUUUCGCCCUCAGAUAAACUGUACUUUCAUUCCUGAAUGAGAAGCGCAGAGAAUGCAUCCACAUUUCCACUGACGCUUCGGUCUCCUCCAAAAGUUCAGCUGGUGUAGUAGUAAUUCCUGCGAAGUUUAUCAUAAUCCAAUUCCGGACGUCUCACAUUACACGGUGGCAGAACUCGCAGCUAUGCAUGCCACUCUGUAGUUUAUUGGCCACGAAUGGUCACAGUCAUCAUUUUUGUGACCCGAAGGCAGCCCUACAGUGUCUGCUGUCCCCUUUCAAUUAGGAACCUAACGUGCAAUUAGUCGCAGACAUCCGUCUACUUCACCAUCACGUAAUCGACAAGAGGAAUAACAUCAGCUACCAGUCGAUACCGGGUCACUGUGGAAUUUCCGGAAAUCACAGGGGGGAUGACGCCACCCGAUGGGCCCACGAUGGUACCCAUUUUAUAUCAAUACCACUCUCCGAGAACAGAUGUAGCCACAAGGCUUUGCUCCCUCGCACACGAGCUUGCGCAAACUCUGUGGAACACUAGUGAAUUCACCAACGCACGUCUCCACAAAUUUGACCCACGUUUGCAACUCCGUCUUCCACCAGGGUUACCGCGAACGGAAGCAAAACUUCUGUGCCGCCUGGGACUUGGACUGGCAUUCACGUUCCUCCCGCAAUGGAAUGGCCGACAGCCCUGCUUGGGACAACUGUGGCUGCGAGGAGACGAUCAAGCACCUCCUCUGUGACGGUUCCGGUUAUGUUCCAUGUGCACAUGUUGGGAGUGCCCCCUCUACAUUCCACCAAGGCUUCGUGCCCUGGCCACCAUACAGCGGGGAACCUGGCCUUCUUCUCUCCGGACUUCGGCUUGCCCGGAUACCACGUCUCCGGACCAUGCCAUCGAGCUCUGGCGAGCACUGCUGCUGUUCCUUCAGGACCCUGCAGCACCACCCGUCGGCGAUCGGCUUCGCGACAGCCACAAGCGUCAUGCCGCCCCCACUUAGCUGCCUCCAGGACAUUCAUUAAUAAAAACGGAGGCAGCCUUACCCUUCCCCUUUUCCAAAAACACCCCUCCUCUUUCCACCACAGCGUCUUCGACGCAUUUUAAUGUUGAAUAAACGUGGUUUCGUUCAUUCA